CAAUCAUGAGGUAAAUAAGUGCAAAUCGCGAUAGAAUUUUCAUCAAAAAUCCGCCUUAAAAUCAGGCAUAAACACUAGAUAAUCAUUAUCUCACAAUUAUUGUGCUACCGAUAGCCGAGAAGAGCAAAGCGAUAGGUAUAAUUAGCAUGAGUGAUAUGGAGAAAGCUAUUGAACAAAAGUUGGCUGAUGCCAGAAAGCGAAGUGACAAAAAAGAAGAAGCAAAGUGUAGUGAUAAAAAGAAACCAUCGAAUUUUGGAUCAAGAAAUAAUAAAACAGAUAAAGGCGACGAUAAAAAUAAGGAUGCAAAAGUGAAGGAAAAGCCGAAGGAUGAAGAUAAGAAGUCGGAUUCGAGCUCGAGUAAGAAGCAGAAUUCGAAGGGUGGUAGUGAUAAGAAAGAUGGUAAUAGCGGAGGAGGGAAGGACCGAGAGAACAAUAAAAAACCGGGUACCAGCAAGGUCGACAAGGAAUCUGAUAAAACUUUAAAUGGCAAAGAUUCAGCUUCUGAACACAAGAAAACUGCUGCGAAUUUAAAAAUCAAGUCAGAGGAUAGCAUAAGUAAGACGAAGCCAAAAGAUGCCAUUGUUAGAUCGGAUGGGAAACAAAGGGAAAUCGAGAAAUCACGGACAACCAGCAAAACUCGAACCAGUCGAGAGAAAUCCAAGAGUCCUAUACUAUUUGUUAGGAAUUAUAAUUACAAGGAUACAUUCGAGGAGCGUACUUCCUUCAGAGGAGGUCGGUCACCGAUAAGGCGAAGGUCUCGAUCUCCAUCACGCAGAAGAUCUCGAUCUCCUGUCCGUCGACGUAGCCCUUCUCCCUCCAGAAGACGCGAUUCAUGGCGACGAAGCCCCAGAAGACGAUCCAGGAGUCCCCGUGAUAGGAUAAGAUCACCUACCCGGUCACAUCGCGGUCGCAGUCGGUCUUCGGAACGGAGAGAUCCCAAAGCAUUGAUUGCAAAGAAGAGCUUUCUGGACGAUCUCGCGGUAAAGUUUGCUCAGGAAGGAAAGGAGUUCCCCGAGUUGGAGCAGUAUCGGUGUGAGAUAAACAGUCAAUUUGUUUCUUAUCCGCAUACCAAUCAGUUCUCCAGGAACGCAGUAGAGCAUGUCUGUAGUAACAUGUCUGCUCAAGAUGCGUUUAUGGACAUAAACAUGAUGUCCCAAAUGAACGUUCCCAUGGGCAAUCCGAUAGUAUUGACGGAUCCCUACAAUGCCUAUCCAAUGUAUCCCGAAACGCCAUCUCUGAUUUCCUAUCCAAUUCAGAGCGCUCAACCUAUGUUGAACUCUCCGGGUAUGUCUUUGGAUAGUCCCCAGGUAUCCACCAAGUCGCAGCCGUUUAAAAAUGAAAACACCAGCGUGGCGAAAUCGACGAAUCAAAAACAAAACGUAGGAACCCAACCUUCCAGAACGUCAGAAAUCUGGACUAAACAGGAAGUUAAAAUUCGGAUCAAACAGGCGCUUCAACUGUUGGACGAUGCUGAUCGUUCGAUUACCAAAACUGGCAAGUUCAUGUUUCGGGCUCCUACGUUCUACGGAAACGAUGUUAACGAAACUCGGUCGCCCAUUGUGCAAAGCGCCAGCAAUCCACUUUUUGCGUUUAGUAGUCGUUCUGGAGCAACCAGUGAUCCAUUUGGAAACGUUCCUCCUAAACUGAAAGCUGUCGUUGAUGUGCUUCGUAUGGACGAGGGACUAAUUUCUCAGAAGAUUUACCACCGUCAUCAGAUUAAGCAACAAGCCGCAAACAUUGAACGAGGGAAAUUGGAAGCUGAGGAACGCACCAGACGCCUGCAGAAUACACCGAUGUUUAAGACGGCUCUACAGAAGACUACUCAGACCGAUCCAACUGUAUGCACUGAUUGCUUGCUACGCAAAAUAAAGGUCAGAUAUAAUGAAGAAACUCAAACAGCCGUUGUUCGUACUGUCGAUUCCGGUGCACAGACUAAUCCGAUGCCAGUCCAGACUGUUUCGGAAUUUGGUUCAAUAACUGAACUUACACCGAAUCAGGUUCGUGCGGUUAGUGAAAUGAUAAAGUACAUAAAGUUGACCGUAACUAGUGGCAAUCUACAAGAAAUGCGUGAUUCCCUGAAAGAAGAUCAAGUUUACAAUCUGAACGGUGAUCUUCGGACGGCCUAUCAUUACUUUGACGCAAUGGUUGAACACCAGAAUCAUGGGACUCAUAAAACUAAAAAAGAUGAGAGCGAGUCGUUUGAUCAGCCAGACGACUACAAUGAACCAGAUACUUUAAUCGAAGAUGAAAAUGUUGACGAAUAUGACGAAUUUCAUCGAGCUUUCUGCCCGGACGAGGACGAGGAAGAUGGAGAAACAGAGGUGUACUCUAAUCCGUUGCUGCAAAGCCAACCGUCUAGUUUCCAGCGGACCAUGGACAACCGAAACAGUUUCGUGAAGAAGAUCGGCAACAAGAGCUCAUUUGCGAACCCUGAAUGCAAUUUUGGAGGACCAAGUCGAGGCCAGUUUAACCCACAUCAUAAACGUGGUGGUGGACGCGGAACUAAUAAGGGUGCUCAUGCAGUUCCCUUUAACAGAAGAAAUUAAUCACUAAGUGUCACAUUGUCAUUAUGCUAUUGGGUAAUUUGCUAAUAAGGUGAACUAAGUACAUUACCCUACAACAAAUGUAAUGAAUUCCAAUCGGAAAUGUAUUGAAUAAACUUAACCUACGUGCAAUUGCGUUCCUCGGGUUUUUAUUGUUUAUUCUUAGCAUGUCAGUAGUCCUUCGAGCAAUGCUGUGGUAAAGAUUCAAAAACAAAUCUGUGGAUAAAUCAACAUGAUUAAACGGACUUCAAGGAAUCGGCAGGAAGGAAAAAAAAACUGGAAGCCUCAUCCAAGGAAAUUCUGAUGCCGAUGUACCUAAAAAAUAAUGUGUAAUGCCAUGAAUACAAAUAGGUACAUUAUUAAAGAAACAGAAUAAAAACAGAAUAUUUACAAUACUUAUGUAAUUCCGUCACUUAAGAACUUCGAUGCGAAAUAUGUUUUUUUUUUGUAUAAAAAAUUACCU